UAAUAAUAAUAAUAAGAAGAAGAAGAAGUUCUCAAGUGCUUUGAGCAAAAUGAUAAAAUUGAAAAUACAGUGCAAUAUUUCGACUUUAAUAUUAUAAUAUUUUGUCUUUUACUGUACAGUUUUACUAAUCCAUACGUAUAUUAAGUUGCUUUACGUAUUUUCCAAAUAACAAUGGUCACGGUGUUAUUAUGACUGAAAUAACUAUACCCAAUUACAGACUAGUGCAGGAUGUGAAGCCGCAUUACGUGUACACGAUCAGAGUGAGCUCGAAAGGUAGUCUCGAAUAUGUAGAAAAACGGUACAGCGCAUUCCAUGCAUUCCACAGAGAGCUGAGAAAAUUGAUAUCUACGCCGCCAUUUCCGUCGAAACGCAUCAGGUGUUCGCAGCCCAAAGUACUCGAACAGAGAAGAGCCGGCUUGGAGCGGUAUCUACAGACAGUUUUCAAAAUCGAAGACGGUUGCGUACAAGUCAUGGAUUUUCUUGGUUUGAAAUGCCAACCUAGCCACAGGAUGGACGUUAAAUACCAGCGUCCAGUGUUCCACUUGAUCAACGAUAAUAUUUCUACAAAGUGUAGACAUGAAAAACGUUUGUGUUUACCUGACAUCAUUACCGAAGGUGUUCUGAAGGCGUUGUAUAUAAAGUUGAUCAAAUAAUAAACGGACAAGCUUCGCAACAAGAACUUCCAAAGACUGGAAAAUGUUUUCACUCACUAUAGAAUGCCAAUAAUAGUAGACUAAUAUAAAAUAC